AUGGGAACCAAGGCAGAUCAAGAACAAGAAGCAAAGCGUCUCAAAACAAUAGCAGAGACAAAAUUCAACAACUCGAACCUCAAUUCAGCCCUCAAACACGCCAAGAAAGCCCACCGUCUCUAUCCAAAACUUGACGGCCUUUCUUCAAUGUUAACAGCCUUCAAGAUUCUUCGUGUCGCCUCCAAGACCCAAAAUUCAGACAUCACUGACUGGUACAAGAUUCUUCAGGUAGAACCCUUCUCUCAUAUGAACACAAUUAAGAAACAAUACAAGAAACUAGCUUUAGUUUUGCACCCUGACAAGAACCCAUUUUUAGGAUGUGAAGAGGCAUUUAAGCUUGUUGGUGAAGGGUUUAGAGUUUUGUCCGAUAAGAUUAGGAGGAAAGAGUAUGAUUUGAGGUUGAGGAUUAGGCUUCAGGAAGAGAGGGUUAGUGAGAACUCUACCGUGGAGACUUUUUGGACUGCCUGUUCGCGGUGUAUGCUUUUGCAUCAGUUUGAGAGACAGUAUUUGGGGCAUAAUUUGGUGUGUCCUAGUUGUAAGAAGAGUUUUGAGGCUGUUGAGGUAAAAGGAGGGGAUAAGAAGGAUGGUGCGAUUGGGGUUUGGAGUGAGAGGCUGAGGAGGAAAGAUGUUGGUGGUGAGGGGAUUGGGGGUUUGAGUUCGGGGCAGAAAAUGGCCAGUGUUGGUUUAAAGGGAAAAGGGAAUAAUGUGGAUUUAAAGAGAAAAAUGGCCAGUGUGGGUUUGACGAGAGAAGUGGAAGGUGAGAGUGCAGGAGGUGUGAAUUUGAAUGGGAAUGAGGUCAUUUCUGGAGAAUGGGGUGGUGGGAGAUCGAGGACUGGGGGUUUGAGGAGGAAAAUGAGUACUGUUGAUGAGGUUUUGGAGAGAUCAAAGCCGAAGAGGAUGAAAUUUGCUGAUGAAAUGAUGACGUUAGCAGAAAUGAAGUUGGAAGCAAAGAAAAAGGCUAGUCAAAAGAAGGCUGAAUUGAAGGAGAAGCAAAAGGAUCUUGGAGAGAAGGAGAAGGAGAAGAGGAAGAAGGAGAAGGAGAAGCGAAAGGAUUUUGGAGAGGAGAAGAGGAAGGAGAAGGACAAGCAAAAGGAUUUUGGAGAGGAGGAGAAGAAGGAGAAGGAGAAGGACAAGCAAAAGGAUUUUGGAGAGGAGAAGAAGAAGGAGAAGGAGGUACGUUUAGUCCUGAACAAGAGCUGGAGUUUGGAGACUGAAAAAGGUGGAGCAUCAAAGAAGAGUGGGGAUAUGGAAAUCAAGACAAGGGAAGCUGUAAAGACGAGUAGAAGAAUCAAAUUUGUGAGGAAAGGUUCAUCAAGGAAGAGUGUGACUUUGCAAAUGGAGAGGCACAAGAAUUCGAGGGAGACUUUGGAUGUUAUAACAGUGGAGGAUUCAGAUUUCUUUGAUUUUGAUAGGGAUAGAGUGGAGAGGAGUUUCAAGAAAGGGCAAGUUUGGGCUAUAUAUGAUGAUGAUGAUGGAAUGCCGAGGCAUUAUGGUUUGAUUGAUGAAGUUGUUUCAGUGAAUCCGUUUAAGGUGAACUUGAGUCGGUUGGAUCUUCAAAGUAAUGGAGUCGAGGGGUUAUUUAUUUGGGAGAAAAUGGGACUUCAUUUAUGUUGUGGGAGAUUCAAGGUUGCAAGGACAAUGGUCGUUGACUCUGUUAAUAUCUUUUCACAUGCUGUGGAAUGCGAAAGGGCAGCAAGGGAAGUUUAUAGGAUUUACCCUAGGAAGGGUUCAGUUUGGGCACUUUAUAAUGAAACAACUUUAGGUGCUGAAGGAAGAAAUCUGUCAGCUAGUGAUAAGCAAUGCUAUGAUGUUGUUGUCGCUUUAACCACUUACAGUGAGAUCCAUGGAUUGAGCAUGGCCUACCUUGAGAAGGUGGAUGGGCAUGAGACUGUAUUUAAGAGACGAGAGAUUGGGUGUCAUGCUAUUAGAUGGCUUGGAAAAGAUGAUAUUUGGUUGCUUUCACAUCAGAUUCUUGCGAGGAAGUUUUCUGGUGAUGAGGUUGCUGGUGAUUUAAAGGACUGUUGGGAACUCGAUCCUGCUUCACUUCCUUCAGAUUUGCUCACAAUUUGUGGGGAAGAUGACAUUGAGUAG